AUGUCCGCCCAAGAAGAAUUCAACCAGCUGGUGAACAGUAACCGUUCACGCUUCACCUCUCACCCCGAAGAUCACCUCGACUCAGACCCGCACUUCUCCGACGACGAACCAUCCUCCCGCCUCCGCUCCCGCCAAACACUCGACUCCUCCGACGAAGACGACGACGACGCAGACAUGGUCUCCUCCCGCACCGCCAACACAAACUACCACAUCCCAAACACCGUCUACGAAGCCAACACAGGUCCCAAGGGCGUUAUUGCCGAUGCCCAGGCUUUCGAGCGCGCAAGAAAGAAGUCCUUCCGUCGCACUCUCCUUAGUGUUGCGGGGCUAGACUCCAACAACAGCCCCUCCUUCAGUUCAAAGUCCACUCGUGAUGACGCACCCCUCGCACCCGGCGACCAGUCCUCCGCCAGCGAGGACGACGACGAAGCCCGCUUCCUGCGAAAGUGGCGUCAAUCGCGUAUGCAUGAGCUGCAGGGCCGGGAUAAUCGUCGUCCCAGUCCGCGGGGUAGACGGUAUGGAUCGGUUGAGACCGUUGAUGCAGUGGGAUACCUUGAUGCUAUUGAGAAAGUGACAUCUGACACCGUUGUUGUUGUCUGUAUCUAUGAUAACGAGUUUGAUGACAGUGCUAUUGUCGAAGAAUGUCUUGUUACUAUCGCUCGCCGACAACAAACUGUCCGCUUCGUGAAGAUGCACCAAGCCAUCGCGGAGAUGGAUCACAUCACGGCCCCUGCCCUGUUGGCAUACCGUGGCGGCGACGUCUUUGCUACUAUCGUCGAUGUCCUGCGGAACAUUCCUCGUGGUCGUAGCUGCAGUGCUGACAGUCUUGAGGACUUGUUGAAGCUACACCGAGUCCUAUGA